UUGAGUGCAUCGCAAAUUAAAUCAAAACCCAAAUGUUUUCCAGCAUCAUUGCACAUAAUCUGAAAGUAUGUCUGAUCAUUGAUGAAGCCUCAACAGUAUCCUGCAAGCCAGUUUUGAGCAUUUUCCUGAAAGUUGAGGACUCAGAGGACCCACCAACAAUUUUUGUCGAGCUGGUUGAAUUGAAGAAACAAAAUGCAGAGACAAUAUGUUCUGCAGUUUUUGAACCUUUACAUAAGGUUGGAUUUACCCGGGAAUAUCUACAAAAAAAUCUAAUAGCGUUCUGCUCUGAUGGUGCUAGUGUUAUGCUUGGGAGAAAAUCUGGAGUGAGCACCAGAAUAGCCAAAGAGUUUCCAAACAUCAUCAUAUGGCACUGCUUGAACUAUCGCCUCCAACUUGUUUUAGAUGAUGCCAUAAAGAAAAUAAAGCAAGUUAAUCAUUUUCAAAUUUUCAUUGAUAAGAUAUGCUCCAUUUUCCAGCAAUCGAAUAAAAGCUGGAUAGAACUCGAUGAAAUAGCAGAAGAAUUUGAUAUUAACAUCAUAAGGAUUGGUCGGGUUUUUGGGCCAAGAUGGGCUGCCUAUAGUUUAAGAGCAACCAUAGCUGUGUGGCGCGCCUAUCCUGUGCUACAUCAAUAUUUUCAUGCGAAUGCUAAAUACUCGGGUAUGGCUGCCCGUCUGAAAAAUAAACAUUUCUUAAAUGAUUUGGCGUUGAUAGACAUUUUGGGAAAAAUUUCACUUCUGUCAACUGCACUGCAAGCGCGCAAUACGGACAUAAUAAAAGCUGAUAAACUGGUGAGAAGAGCAAUUAAGGCAUUUGAACUGCUAACAAAGGGAAAGGGUCCAUACGAAAGGAAAGUUGAAGAACUAAUUACCUCAGAAAGCUUCAAGAAUAUAAAGUUCAUAGAAAAUGAUCGAUUUGUUGGUCUUCAACGAGACAGACUUUUACAAAGUAUCAUCAAAAAUUUGCAUAAACGACUGAUAGACUGUGAGCAUUUAAAAACUGGGAACCAACUGCAAGACACCACAAAUAAACUACAGUUUCUUCAGUUUUUGGUGCCAGAUUACUGGGAUGUUGAGGAAAUAGUCGUUCCAUGGGCAGCAGGUGAAGAACAACUGUGCACAUUUAGUGACAUUUUCAACUACCAAAUUGACAUCAAUAACUACAGAGAUUUUGUGGAGAAUGUCUUGAAAGAUUCAGAGGUAUGCAAUUCCUGAUAGUAUCAAAAAAGCAAAAGAUAUUGUCAGAACAAUUGCAGUGAGUUCUGCAGAAGCAGAAGGGGUUUUUUAUAAAAUGAACUCGAUAUGCUCAGAGAGCAGAAGUCGCCUUGCUGUUUCCAACCUAACCAAUCUCAUGACCAUCAGCGUUACUGAACUACCUCUUCCAAAAUGGGACUCUAUUCCCGCAGUAAAAAAAUGGUUCAGAGAACACCAUCGCUCAGCCAAUGAUCCGCGCAUCAAGUGCAAGAAAAGUGAAAGUGAGGAGAGUGCCAUUGAAAUAGCUAUGUGGAAACAUCUCAUAGCUAAAGACGACUAACAGUUCUAUGUCGUUACUAUCUGUGGUGCAAGAAGCGUUGUUGAAGACAGCACUUUUAUUGCUCUUCUGUAAGUAUUUGUGUAUCUCUUACUGUUUUGUGUACCUCGCUUAUUAUUUAAGUAUUGACUGCAUGAAAUAAUUGGUAUAUCUUUUUUUGUAGCUCCAAAAAGGGCAAAGAAGUGAUGUCGACUUGGCCAUGCCCACUAGUCAUCGUGUCACCAAGCCACGCCCACCCGGUCACCAAGCCACACCCACCAAUUAGGCCACGCCCACAGAACCGGUAGGGAAAAUUUUUAGAUUUCAUCCCUGUAUUGUUGUUUAUGUAAAGAAGGAUUUAAUAGCGAAGCUAAUUGAGACAGAUAAACAAGGAAAAUAUAUUGCAAUUGAAUUGUUAUUGGAAGGGGAAAAGACACUUUUAGUUGGAGUAUAUGCUCCUAAUCAACAACAACAAAAAUUUAAAUUCUUACAUAAUAAAAUAAUACAAUAGGAUUAUAAAUCAUAUAUAUUAAUGGGUGAUUGGAAUGGAGUAUUGAAACCCGGAAAGAUAAAAAAGGUUUACAGAAUAUUUCAAGUCGUGCAAAAUUGCCAAAGGCUUUUUUUGAUAUGAUGAAAAACCUGGAAUUAAGAGAUGUUUGGCGUGAACGUAAUAUGGAAGAGAAGGAUUUCACUUUUUUCUCUGAUAGACAUCAAUCUUUUUCUAGGAUUGACUUUAUACUAAUUACCAAUGAUUUGUUCCCUAAGGUGAAGAGAACCAAGAUAUGUGCAAGAAUUUUGUCUGAUCACAAUCCGGUUUGGAUUGAAUUUGAAUGGGGAAAGGGAAGAAAAUCGUGGAGACUAAAUGAAAAUUUGUUUAAAUAUGAACAAAAUAUAGAAGAGUGUAAAAAACAAAUGAAAGAAUUUUUUAUUAUGAAUAUGCAAAAAGGCACAUCUAUUGAGAUAGUUUGGGAUGCGAGCAAAGCUUUUAUGAGAGGUGUACUUAUACAAAUGAACAAUAAAUACGGAAAUCGGUUGCAAAAAAAAAGAUUGAAGUUAGAGGAGGAAAUUAGAAAGAAGGAACAGUUAUUUAUAAAGAAUCCAGAAGACAAGAAAACAAAAGAAUUAAUAAAUAUCUUAAAAGAACAGUUUAAUAUGAUGAUGGUAGUUAAAGUGGCAACUAAUUUACAGUAUGUCAAGCAUAAUACGUUUAAUAGUGCUAAUAAGCUAAUAACCACCUGGAAGGUGAUUAGCUUAUUUAAUAAGAAAGAAGCAGAAAUCACGUGUGAUUGAUAAGAUCACCUUACCAAUCUGGUGGCUCAACAGGUUAAGCAGUCUGUUAUUAACACAGCUGCUUGCAAUUACUGCAAGUUCUUAAAAGGACAGUUUAAUAUGAUGAUGGUGUUAAAGUGGCAACUAAUUUACAAUAUGUCAGGCAUAAUACGUUUAAUAAUGCUAAUAAGCUAAUAACCACCUGGAAGGUGGUUAGCCUAUUUAAUAAGAAAGAAGCAGAAAUCACAUGUGAUUAGUAAGAUCACCUUACCAAUCUGGUGGCUCAACAGACUAAGCAGUCUGUUAUUAACACAGCUGCUUGCAAUUACUGCAAGUUCGUAAAAGGACAGUUUAAUAUGAUGAUGGUGUUAAAGUGGCAACUAAUUUACAAUAUGUCAGGCAUAAUACGUUUAAUAAUGCUAAUAAGCUAAUAACCACCUGAAUAUGCAAGCCAAAUGUUGGCGAUGUGAAUGUGUAGAUGCUACUUAUUUUCAUAUAUGGUGGACUUGUAAAAAAAUUAAAGCAUUUUGGAUUAAAAUAUGGUGGAUUAUGCAGAAUAUUCUGAAAAAGAAGAUAAAGUUUACUCCACAGUUGUUUUUAUUGGGUAUAAUUACAGACUAUACAGUUAUAGAGACUAAGUUGAUUCUAAAUUUAAUAACAGCAGCGAGACUUUUGGUUGCACAAUACUGGAAGAGAGAAGAUUUACCUACGAUUGAAGAAUGGACACUUAAAGUAUCAAACUUAGCAGAAAAGGCAAAGAUCUCUGUGUAUUUGAAAGAACACUCACAAGAAAAAUACGUAUUGGAGUGGAGAAGGUGUAUUGAUUAUGUUCAAAACAAGUAUUGGACUAAAAAGUACCAAAUAGGCUAUGAAUAAUGUUACUAAUGGUAUAUAUUAAUGUAUAUGUUUAAAUGGGAAAGGGGUUAAGGGGGUGUUGGGAGAGCGUGUAUAUGAGGUAGAUUUUUAUGGUAUUUUAGCUUAUGAUUGAAAAAUGUUAUACCCUGCAUUUUGUUCUGGGAAGUCUCAGGGGGAGGGGAGAGAAGGAGGAGGGAGGGGGGAAGGAGGGGGAAUGAUGGUUUAAAAAUUUGUUCUAUGCAAAACUUUUUCAAAAAAAAAAAGAAUAAAUCCGAAAAAUGUUGGAAAUGUCAUCCGAAAUCUGAAAAAUGUUGCAAAUGUCAUCAGAUACCUGGUUCAUAUUACCAUAUAUGGUACCAUAUAUGGUGGACGUGUGCAGAAUCUAAAAGAUACUGGACUAGAAUCCACACAUGAUUGGAAAAAAUGAUAAAAAAGCAUAUAGACUUUAAACCAGAACUUUUUUUAUUGGGGAUCGUACCUAAAAUUUAUAAUAGAGAAUUGAGAUAUCUGAUUGUCAAUGUAGUAACAGCGGGUAGGAUUGUGUUUGCCAAGAACUGGAAAAGUGAGAAAUUACCAUCGCAAUAUGAAAUUAUUAAGAAAAUAAUGAAAUGUGCAGAAAUGAGUAAAUUGACAUUUGAAAUUAGAGAACAGGAAGAUAAACAAUAUUAAAAGGUAUGGGAUAUGGUAGAAGAAAAAAUAUGUUAAAAAAGAUUUGGGAGAAGUUUUUAUACUGAAAGAAUUGUUGAAUACAUAUUGAUUUAAGAUGAUGGAAUGAAUGAUGUAAUAAGAUUAAAUAUUAAAUUUAGAAUAUUUUAUAUGAAAUGAGAGAAUGAAUUAUUAUAGUUAAUUAAAUGAUUAAGUGAUUAAAAUAUUUGGAUACAUAUCAGAUUGAUAAAAUGUAAAAUUAGAUAAAUCAAUGAUACGUAUAAGUUGGAAUUGCACAGAAGAUUUGUAAUCAACCAACUGACACACUGUAUUUGUAUUGAAGAUGUUUUUAUGUUUGCCUAAAAAAAAUAAAAAAAAAUAAAAAAAUACUAUUUCGCAAAAAACCUUUUUGUACCCUGAAUGGGAUACAAGGUAUAUAUGUAAAAAUAAAAAUAAAAUUUGCUACUUAUGUGCAUGCUUGUUUACGGCAAUAAGGCUCAGGGCUUGUUGUGGCAUGUCCCAAGCGUGUGGGCGUAAGAUGUGUACAUCUUACGCCCACACGCUGAUGAUACUUGUGACCAAAGGGGCUACGACAUGCUCAGGCCUGUUCCAUGUGUGACCUGCUUUUCAAAAGGCUGAUAAAAAGUUCUUUGCAGGCAGCUGCCAGCUCAUCUGCUUAAAACGUAGACAGCCUUUAAUAAUAAAAUGGACCCUAGCGACAUAAAUAAUAAAAAGGAUGCUAAGCCAGAGUCAGAGUCUGAUUUAUUCAAUGUAGAUGUGAGACCCAAACCACCAAAGAGACCCCGCCGCAUUAGUAAAAGAUGUAAAAUGGUUAACAUAGAGAGUAAGCGAGGCUUGGUGCUUAAGAUACGUUAUUGCUGGUUCUGCUAAACAACAAAUGGUAAGGGUAUGCAGAAUGUGGAGAACCAAAAAAGUUUCAUGAUUUGAAAAUUGAAUAUAAAAUGUACUGUAUUUUUUCUUUCAGAACUGGCUGCUCAUCAGAAUACUGGACUUUUGUAAAUUGUCAAGAGUUGUGUUGUCAAAAUUAUCUACCAUUGCUUAAUGGGUUGUCUGAAAAACAAGGAUCAGACGGAUGUAAUCAUAGAAUAAAGCAUUGUUAGAAGCAUGUGUCUUCAAAUAUCUAAACCUCAAAUUGUAUGGACAAUCAUUAAUAUUUCAGACAAAAUGAGUAAAUUAUAUUUCACAAGGGCUACUUAUGUGCCUGUAUAGAAAUCAUUGAGAAGUCAAAGGACCCACUGGCGUUAAUGACAAAGAUACAAGAGGAGACCCCUAUAUCUGUCAAGAGAUUGAUAUGCCAAACUGUAUCAGAAAUUUAUUACAAGAAAAUGUUAAUGUAAAUGGGGUGAAUUUCAAAUAAAACAGCUAUAUUGAAUCAAUUGGAAAUGAGUUAUUUCUGUUCUGUAAAGGGUAUUGACUCAAGGAUUAUAGGUGAUUCAACAGCAUUGUGGUGGGGGGUACAGGACGUGUAUUUAGUUGAAGCUGAUAAGUGGCAGCAAAGAAUGGGGGAUCUGCCGGAGCAAUCAGGGAGGUAGCAAACGCCCUGUAGCCCUGGUCUUUUUUCCCUGACCCAUCGGGGAGGAAUGGCAGCCGACAUCAGCUGCCACAAAGUCGGAGAUGGCCACAAGAAUCGGGCAGGAGGAAGAAGCACUUUUAAAGAACUGAAUGUUGAAGUUGGGUGAGUUGACAUUAGCUCACGGAGUAAUAAAUGUUUUGGUUUUUUUUUUAAAAAGAAAGCACAAGCAUUAAAGAAAACUGGAAUUAGCGGCUAAAUUUAAUGGAAACAGAAAAUGGAAGGAAAUAAAUUAAAGAUAUCCUAAGCUUUGAAGGAGAGGGCUUGAAAUGGAAGUCUAGAGCCCUAACCAAGGGCUCCUGGAGGUGCUUGCUGGAGUGGCAGUGGAGACCCCCAGACUUAUAGUCAUGGGGGACUUUAACUUGCCAUCAACCGGCAUGUCAUCGACAGCAGCUCGGUAGUUCAUGGCUUCCAUGACGGCCUUGGACCUGACUCAAGUAGUUGAUGGCCCUACUCACAUUGGGGGAGGCACACUGGACCUGAUUUUCAUCUCUGGUCAGUGGUUGAAGGAUCUGGACUUGAGGGAUUUAGUCACUGAACCUUUGUCAUGAUCAGAUCACUCUCUCCUUCGCCUGGACUUUCUGACCGCCACUCAACAUCGCAGGGAGACGGAACCAAUACGUUGGUUGAGGCACCAUUUAUCGGUGGUUCUCCUCCUAUCUCUCCGACCGGUCGCAGACGGUGUUGACAGGGGGGCAGAGAUCAACCGCGAGGCGCCUCACUUGUGGGGUGCCGCAGGGGUCGAUUCUCUCGCCUCUCCUGUUCAACAUCUAUAUGAAGCUUUUGGGUGAGGUCAUCAGUGGUUUCGGGGUGAGUUACCAUCUGUACGCUGAUGAUAUGCAGCUGUACUUUUCCACCCCGGACCACCCCAACGAAGCUGUCGAAGUGCUGUCCUGGUGUCUGGAGGCCGUACGGGUCUGGAUGGGGAGAAACAGACUCAAGCUCAAUCCCUCCAAGAUGGAGUGGCUGUGGAUGCUGGCAGCCUGGUACAGCCAGCUGCAGCCGCAGCUGGCUGUCGGGGGCGAGUUAUUGGCCCCAAUGGAAAGGGUGCGCAACUUGGGCGUCCUCCUGAAUGGGCGGCUGUCGUUGGACGAUCACUUGGCGGCCGUCUGCAGGAGGGCUUUUCACCAAGUAUGCUUGGUUCACCAGUUGCGCCCCUUCCUUGACCAGGAUGCCUUAUGCACGGUCAUUCACGCUCUUGUCAUUUCCCGUUUGGAUUAUUGCAAUGCUCUCUACAUGGGGCUGCCCUUGAAGUGCACCCGGAGGCUGCAGUUAGUCCAGAACGCAGCUGUGCAGGUAAUAGUGGGAGCAACUCGUUGCUCCCAUGUAACACCGAUCCUGCGCGGCCUCCACUGGCUUCCUGUGGUCUUUUGGGUGUGCUUUAAGAUUUUAGUUACCACUUUCAAAGCGCUCCAUGGCUUAGGGCCCGGGUACUUACGGUACCACCUGCUGUUACCUCAUGCCUCCCACCAACCCGUACGCUCACACAGAGAGGGUCUUCUCA